AUGACAUCCUCUCUUUAUGUCACCGUAAUGCUGUCAUAUCUUUUACAAACUGGUCGUAGAUUUUAUUAUAGGUCAAGUUGGAACGAUCCAUUUUGUAAUGUAGCAAUAGUUUCAAUCAUAAUCUUGAAUUGCAUAUAUUGGAUCUCAUCUAAUCGUACACUUUGGCAAAAGGGUGAACAACCUUAUAUGGCGGCUUGUAUUUUGGCUGCCGUUUUUUGGAUGAUUGGAUUGAUUUUUUCCUUUCUGUACGCUUUUAAUCCUGUUCUGGCAAUUCAUUUUGGUAAUCGCCAAGCUAAUGAUUUUGAUAAUAAGAAUACUGUUAAGAAUGAAUCUGAUAACAUCAAUUCUUUAUGCACUUCAAAUAUUAAAGACUUUCAAUUAAACCGUACAAAUUCAACAAAUACUUCUGUUGGAUUAUGCAAUUCUAUAGAUCUUAUGUUAAGAAUUUGUCUGGUCGUUGUUUAUGGUAUACCUCCUUCUCCAAAAAUUUUAGAGUUUUUAUCUCAAAAAAUAUUAAAUAAGAAUAAGA